AUGUUCUACUCAGAGACCCUGCUCCAGAAGAGCGGGCCGUUGGCUCGCGUCUGGCUUUCGGCAAACCUAGAGCGCAAGCUCUCCAAAAACCACAUCUUGCAGUCCAAUGUCACCGACAGUGUUGAGGCCAUCAUCACGCCGAAUCAGGCGCCUAUGGCACUGCGCUUGAGUGGUCAACUUUUGCUUGGUGUCGUGAGAAUAUACCAACGAAAGACGCGUUAUUUGCUAGAUGAUUGUAACGAAGCAAUGAUGAAGAUCAAAAUGGCUUUCCGUUCCAGCGGGAACAAUGAUAUGGCAGCUAACCUACAAAUGCCGAAUCGCGAGGCCUUGCUUUUACCUGAUCGUAUCACGCCCUAUGACAAUUUGGAAUUGCCACCCCCUCCAGAUGCCUCAUGGCUGUUGUCACAGGUCGAUGACAUCACGGCUACUCCAGUCGGCCGCAAGGGACGUGCCAGCAAUAACAGAGAUAUUAACUUGCAGGAGGAUCUUGAAGUCAGUCAAUUUUUGCACGGAAAUGACAAUGCAGACGACAGCUUUGCGCCAAUGGGCGAAUUGGACCUCGAGCUCGAUUUCGGCUUCAGCAUAGACGAUGACUUGAGUCAGAGCAUUGAACAUGGUCGAGAUGCACCACCAGCACGCGACGUCGAGGACGACAUUCUGAGCGACGACUUGGAACUCAGGACACACAAUAAGGAUGCGACUGACUUGGGCGAACCCCCAGUGAGAAUUGCGGAUGAAGAGGGCGAUAUUGCAAUGGGGGAUGAUGACUUUGCUUUCAAUGUUGAGGACCAAUCUGCCAUGCCGGGAAUGGCUUCCACAGCAGAUCUUGCCCGUGAAAGAAUAUCUGAAUCGCCGCUUUCUGACAUAGACGAGAAACUGGCACAGGAGAUUGAGACGGAAUACUCACGCCAUAACCACACCGAUCUCUACGAACCCACGGAAGACACAGAACACACGAUAGUUCGCAGACCUGCUCAACGCGCCAAGAAGCAGAAAAUCAUGAUGCCUGAUGACGAAAUCGCCUUAUCAAGUAGUCAUAUCAAACAACAACAGGCUGACCGACAAAACAUCAUGAAACCUGCCUCUUUUCUCCCUCGGGACCCCUUCCUACUAGCUCUGAUGGACAUGCAGAAGAAUGGUGGCUUUGUGUCGUCCAUCAUGACCGAGGGUCGCAGCUCAGCUUGGGCUCCAGAGCUUCGAGGCAUGCUCUCAUUAGAUGCUGUCCGAGGAAUGAGCGAGCUCAAGCGAAAGCGAGACAGCGGCAUCGCAGAUGUGGAUAGCGAUGCGGGUGCCGUCAAGUCGCCGCGCCUGGAACUCGGAGACGAUACAGACUUUGGCUUUGAUGGCGAUGGCAUGGGCAGCCACAGCGUGGCGGCCGAUGGCACCGUCCUGGAGAUCCCUGCCGCUGGCGGCGACGAUGACCACUACGAACCCGAGGGUAGUGUAAUGAAUCCUUUCGACGAAACGACGGCCCCCGUGACGCACCCGCAAGACAGCGGCCCAGUCUCUAUUGGCACCAAGCACGCUGUACACAUUCUUCGAGACUUGUUUGGAGCCGAAGCUGCGACGAACGCCGAGAGGAGGAAGAAGAGCUCCGUCGUGUUCCAGAAUCUGCUACCCGAGAAGCAAACCACCAAAGCGGAAGCCACCAAGAUGUUCUUUGAAUGCCUUGUCCUCGCCACUAAGGACGCGAUCAAGGUUGAGCAAGGGCCCGAGCUGGGGGCGCCCAUCAGAGUCCGCGGAAAAAGAGGCCUAUGGGGAGACUGGGCCGAGCGAGAAGCUGGAGGCGAGAUUUCAAACGACAACGAGCCUGAGCCCGCAGCGGUCAGUUCUACGGCAGUUGCUGUGGAAGCCUGA